AUGCUUAUUAAACUUUCUGUAUUCUUUGUAUUUAUAUCUGCAAUUGAGGUAUUCUUGGUAUUCAGUGAGGAGAGAGAUGGAGGUUCUGCCCCUGAGGAAUUGUCAAUUCCAAAAAGACUUUAUUAUUUCCAUAUGGGUGUAACAUUAUUAAUUAUAAUAUUAGUGAAUCUUGGCUAUCAAUCAUUGAUCAGAGAAUGGAAGAUAGGAAUGGUUAUCUAUCUUAGUUUAUCAACAAUUGCACUAGUUGAUUUUAUAUUAAUAUUGAAGGCUACAUUACAACAUUUAGCUAGCAGUUGGUACUUUUUCAUGGUGUUUAUCGCUGUUGCUAUACUUAUAUCAUUUAUAACUUGGUUAUAUGGAAUUUUUGCUUUUUUAAAUUUUGGCAAAGGGUUAUUAAUAAAUGUAAAUGAGCAAACUACAAAAAAGGAUAAUGAAUCAAAUCAACCAAUUCGUGAUAUAAGGCUUACCAUUGAAGAUUGA